AUGAACCGACCUGAGGGCAAUCCAGAUGAAAAAGGGCUCGACCAAAACAAGGGCACCACCUCCGUGUUUAGGAAUACCCAGGCGGCUGACCUGAGCGCUGAGUCCAGGCUGCUGUCCGCCUUCAGGAAGGACACACACGCCUGCAGAGUAUACCUGGCGGGAAGAGAGUGUUUGAACGAGGAUGGCGGAAUCUUUCAUCUUGGUCUGGUUCAAAAAAUAAAGCAACAGAUGAGCAGAGAUCCCACGCUCAGCUUGCAGCAUCCGAGCGUUCUGGGUCUGUCGGAGUUCAACAGAAGGGCAAAUGAGGUCGCAGUGGGGAGAAGCUCCACGGCUCUGGUGGAGAAUCGGGUGUUGGGAAUCCAAACCCCUGGAUUUACAGGCGCUGUCCGACUCGCAGCAGAGCUCCUGAAGAGUUGGUAUGAUGCGACCCGAGCUUGGGACGGUCCCCUCUAUCUCUCCUCUCCUUGUGAUGACAUGUUGUGCGACAUCUUCCAGGCAGCAGGGAUCCGUGACAUCCGCCGCUUUCGUUACUGGAGCGAUGAGCAGUGUGGCGUCUGCCUGGAAAACCUUCUAGAGGACCUAGAAGAGGCUCCUGAGGCGAGCGUUAUUGUUCUCUCAGCAUCGGGCCAUUACCCGACCGGUGCCGACCUCUCCCAGGAUCAGUGGCGGAUCAUUACGCAGCUUGCUGUGAGGCGUAAGCUGUUUCCGGUCCUGCUUCUGCCCACUCCGCCACUCUGUUCAGGGGAUCCGUGGCGAGACGCCUGGCCGGUGCAGUACUGCGUUUCACUUGGGAUGGAGCUGUUCUGCGUCCAGUCCUUCUCACACUCCUUUGGACUACACGGCGAAGCUGUCGGUCAUCUUUUGUGUGUCCCGAAGAGCAGCUCACUUCUACGGGCGGUGAGAUCGCAAGCCGAGAAACUGGCACAAACAUUGUGGGCUCCGCCGUGCACGACGGGCGCGCACGUGGUUGCUGCUGUUCUCAGUAACCCAGCGCACCUCGCGGAAUGGCGGUUGGAAGUAACACAAGCAGUGGAAAGAUGCAUGCUGGUCAGGGAAGUCUUAAGAGAGCGACUGAGACUCUUGGGCACCCCGGGGAACUGGGACCACCUGACUCAACAGCGUGGACUUUAUUGUUGCUUGGGUAUGAAUGGUCAGCAGGUGGACUUCCUGGCCAAGCAGAGGCAUGUUUAUGUGCUUCCGGGUGGAUGUUUGAACAUCAGCGCUAUCAAUGGACGGAACUUAGAUUACAUUGCAGAGUCCAUCUAUCAGUGUCUGACCACUAGGACCCCACAUUAAA